GAGUCAGUGUCUCGGCAGGAAAGUGUUCCAGAUAGGCAGGGUUGGAAAAGUUACAAAACAACCCCCAACUGUGUGGAGUCACAGGGAGUGGACAAGGGAUUAUUGUGUCCCAGGUUGCAGAAAGAUGGAAAUUAGUAGGGGGUCUUGAAUACCUCUCAGCCCAUGUGUCUCAAGGUAUGGUCUCCUAUCUCACAAGCUAAGCGCAGCUCAACUGAGUCAUCCCAAGGAAGGCGUAAUAGCCAAGGAAGAAGCAGGUGUUGCAGAUGGGUGGGUGAUUCAGUGGAUGGUGUUAUUCCUACUGAGUCAAUGCUGAAACAGUUUGUAAGCAGGAAGUUGGGGACACUGUGUGGCUAGAAGAUCUGCUUUCUAAAUGCAGUGACAUUCAAGGAGUCUGAGGUUCUUCAGUACUCUUUCCACAGGCAUCUUUCCCUCCAGUGAAAAAGAGGAAGAAUGACAACAACAUUUAUGAAUCUUGUGAAAGGAGCCACAGACUUUGGUCCACAUGAUGCCUGGGAGGGUGGAAAAUACUUCUACAUAUCUAUGCAACGUGAUUUAUUCAGUGUCACAGAGAAAGUUUGUGUCAGAGCCUGAAAUGGAACAGGUCAGGAAUGAAAAGAUUCAGGAAAAGAAAGAGAAGUGUUUACUAUCAGCUUUUACUACAUACAAGUCAGCUAGACUUGACAACUGCUUUUUGAUGUCUUGGCCUAAGAGCACCUCGAACCACUGGAAACAAUCCUGGACAGCAGGAAGAAAGGAAAUAAGGCUCUUGUCCUUCAAAACGGGGAUGCUUUGUGCGGACGAUGCCCUCGCUAAACCAAAUGGAAGUGUGAACACACAGCACGUUCCCUGCUCACUCUUUGCGGUACUCCUCUCAGCCUUCAAGCUGGGAGACGGCGAAACCCAGCCGCUGAAAACCGACCCGCACCUCCGCCGCUGCCCGGGCCGGCAGAGGUCGGGGCUGCACCGCGGAGCGGCGGCAGCCCGGGGGAGCGCGGAGCCGAGCAGCUCGGGCUGGAGCGGGUGCUUUCGGUCUCCAUUCAGAAUAAAAACACUUCUUCUCCCCCCCUUCUCCCCGCCAUCCCGUUACAUAAAUUUAAACUUUUCCAUUAUCGAAGCUCUGAAGUAUUCCGAGAGAGGUUACAAAAUGUGUUUACUUACAAAUUUGGAAGUAGCGACAAGACGCAAUGCAGUGAAUUUGUCAUCUGCUCAUGACUAG